AUGCGUGGGGAUGGAGAUGGGGUUGCGGCUGGGGUGGAGCUGGGGGUUGCGGCGGAGAUGGCGGUGCGGCUGAUUGAUGCUGCUGCUGGCGGUGCGCUUCGUGUGGUGGGAGGUGAAGCUGAGCGCCACGAACAAGGGCAAGAGCCGCAAGAAGAAGAAGAAGAAGAAGAAGAAGAAGAAGAAGAAGAAGAGGAGGAGGAGGAGGAGGAAAGCGAACCUUUGCUCUCUCAGCUAUCCCCCGACAUCAUAGACCACUCAGCACCAGCUUCGCCCUCCUCACCACACCACGAGCCCGCACACCCCUUCACCAGCUUGGCCCCGUCUAUCUCGCCCUCACUCGUCUCGUCGUCGGCAGCGCUUUCGCACGCUUCGACGCCAGAUAGGCGGUCCCCUGUUCUGGGCUCUUCCGAUGACGACAGGCCGGUCACGCAUACGCCUUCGACACCGCCGCCUUUGAUGCCGCCGCCAGUCACGCCGCCGCCCUCGCCGCCGACUUCGUACCGCAACGACGAGCCGCCCCGCCUCGGCGAGCACGACCUGUACACCACGCUACCGCUCGCAGUCGCGCAGCGCGUGGGCGCGGGACGGGCGACGCCGCCGCGCCACUCGAGAGAGGAGUCGCCGUCACCAAGACAGCAGCGCGCCGCACAGCCAUCUUCAUCUCUUCCGACCUCAGCGCCAACCCACCACUCGCCCUCUCCACUCCGCCCCGACUCCUUCGCCCGCCCCCAGGAGCCGUACUUUCCGUACCAGCUGCUCCAUCCCCAGCCCCUGCCCCCGCGGCACCAGACCCUCGCCUACCGCCCCGGCGCCUACUGUCCGCGCUUCCCGGACUUGAGCGAGGAUGCUGGGCCUGUGACGCCGAUUGUACGGGCGCCAGACUCGCCGCCGCCGCCGCCGCCGCUGUUGAGGCCCGGCGCGAGCCCGUGGGUUAUGGCGAGCGUGCCGCGCAUGGGUGAGGGGUUUGGUGCUGCUGCUGCUGAAGAGGAGGGUGCAGUGAAGGUGGGGGGGAAAGGAAAAGGCAUUGAGCGGGAAAAGAGCCCGCUCUUCCUCAAGCUGGACACGCCGCGUGAGAAGGCGCGCACGUGGGAGUUUUCGUGGCUGCCGGCGGGAUCGCGUCCGCAGCCACUCGUGGCGAGCAGCACGGGGUUUCCGGCCGAGGCCGACGACGACGACGGUGCAGUUGCUACACCGCAGCCACAGACACAGACACAGACAGCGGAAGCGCACACAGAGGGCGCACUGACGCCUCGCCCGCUCCUAAUGCGCCAUUUCUCGCGCCCGCCCACGCCCUCGCCUUUACUUUUCACCACCACCAACAACAGCAACCUCCCACCCCCGCGCCGCGCCCUAAUGCACUUCUCGCCCGAAACCCUCGUGCGCGAACACGGCCACUUGGUCCCGAUUCCGCAUCCGCUGCAGCAGCCGCAUUCGCCGCCGCCGGGGGCGCAGCGCCCGCCUUUUGAUGCCGAGACAGAGCCGUUGCCGGCGCUGCAGAUCCAGCGGUUCAAUCCUGCGCGGGCGGCGGGGGAGGAGGUGGAAGGCGGGUUGGACUUGCGUGGGGUGGAUGGGCGGGUAAGAGGGAGAGGGGGUGCUGCUGAUGCCUCUACAGGAGAUGGCGAAACUGCGGGGAGGAGAAAAGACAGCCAUGGUGCUGCCUCGUCUCGCGCUUCUUCUUCCUCUUCUUCUUCUCGCGCUUCUCGCACCUCUUUUUCGGCAGCAGCUGGCUCCACUGCGUUCGAGCCGCCGGAUCUGCCGGCCCGGGUCGUGCAGGAGCGCUUUUUGGCUGCGAGGGCUGUGGGCGACUAUUGUUUAUGGGGACAGCCUGCUGCUGCAAGUGCUGGCUCUGGCGCUGGUGGUACUGUUGGUGGUAGUACUGCUGGUACUGCUGGUGUUGUUGGUGGUGGGAUUGGCGCCGCGGCGGCUAAGGCGGCGGCGGAUGCCGUGUGGCCUGUUGGUGUUGAUGCUGCUUCGGAGGCAGAGGCGGAAAUUGGGAUGGGGAAGGAGAAGGGGAAGGAGAUGGAAGAGCACGCUCUCCCCGACGACGUCGAAGAAAAAACAGACAACAACGACGACAACGACGACGACGCUUUCGCUACACCACAACAACCCCAACCCCAGCCCUCACCACCACCACCCCACACCCCCCUCCAACGCACCCACACCGUCCACGCACGCAUACGCGCCCUCGAGGCCGCGCGGCGGCGCAGCGUCAGCGCGAGGCGGAAAGCCGCCGCCGCUGCUGCUGCUGCUGCUGCUGCGUCUGGUGCGUCUGGUACUGGGUCUACUGAGUCUGGGAGCGGAAGAGCGAGUGGGAAGGACGAAGGUGCUGCGAGUGCGAGUGGGAGUGGGGGUGGAAGUGGUAUUGGCGUCGGAAGGCCUGCGGAGCUGAUCGGGGAGCUUGAGGGCCCGUUCUGGUAGGUUGGUUGUUGUGUGUUUGUGUGGGAGGGGAGGGGGGAAAGGAGUGAGGGAGAAGGGUUCUGCCAGUCCUAGGAACCUAUGCUACUUGCGUUG